GCAAGACAUUUGAAGAAGAAUCCCUGAAACUUGUUGAUCUGUGUUGCUCGCAGUCAGAGGCCUUGAAAAAUGGAUGUGGUCAUCACCUAGCAAGUCCUACAGUUAUCACUGACUGGAUUGUGGCGCUCUGCGAUGAAUUACUGAAGCCGAAAGAAGUCUCUAGUUGUCCGUCUACCGUGCUAAUGUCCAGAUGUCUGUCCAAGUUUAGAGACAUGUACGAAGCCAUCGUUCGUGCGAGAAUGUAUUUCGUCGUGGUGGCUUCAGCAACACAAGUGUAUAGAGAGAAUCCUAUAGAGACCUUCAAAGUUCUAUUUGAAACUCUUAUACCAAGAAUCCAAGACGAAGGAUUUGAAGAACUCAUUGAGCAAACAGUAGCAAUAACGAAGAGAGAUGAAAAUCUUGAUUUCUUUAAGUUAAGCCGCAUUUAUGGUGUCAAGGAAGCAAUCAUUCUUUCAAGCUGGAAGGAUCUGCUGAAGGUUUCGUUCCUACGCAACUGGUUUGUCGUUGAAGUUGCAAAACACGACUUUUUGGUACACGAUGAACGUUAUGCUCCAAAUCUUCCCUUUACGGACUAUUUGACGUAUAAAGAAUCGUUAGUUUGUGAAGUUGCUGAUUGUAUUUCUUCACUCGGAAGUUCAUUAGUGGAACAGAAAGAGGUUUUCUGUUCCAAGGAUAGGACAACAGUCUUUUUUGAUCACUCCGAGGUUUUUCUACGCCAUACCUCGCUCUGUUUACAACUCAUGCAGUCAAAAGAAAUUAGUGUGAUCUUAAUCGAAAAAUUAUUUUUCACACUUGGAAUCAAAUUAGACAGGGCCCUGCUACCUUUUCCCACAAAUUCCGAUUUGGAAGAUUGCGAUUUUGAAAUUUCACCCGAUACCGACGCCAUGAAUGCAAAACUAAAGAGUCUAAAAGAGCAAAGUCGAGGAAGAUCCGCACAUAAACUUAUGUUUGAAAGAUUGUAUGAAAAAUCAAGUUUUGAUGCUAUAACCAAAGCAUUGUUAACUCUACCAGACAAACAACUAGUAUUGAACGUUGUACAAAUAUGGAAGCAAAAUUUUCCUGAUGAUACCUCGAAACUCAUUCUGUCACAGUUACUUGUGCUAGUAAAAGUCGUAAUAGAAGGGGAGAAAGACCUAGAAAGCAUAUCUAGCAACAUGAAACAACUUGUCACUUUUUUGUCACACCUUUCCCCUGAGUGUUUAUACAACUUGUCAUUGUGGCAGCCUUUGAUGGUUCAUCUUAUACCUUCACUACCACAUUCUUGGUACGGCCCAGAAGUUUUAAGUCUCAUACUACGUCUUCUAGACCUGCAUUGCAGAAAUCCGAUAAACGACCCUUCUUCAGGAGUUGCUCAAAAAAUAAGGCAAAUCCCGAACUUUGUUCUUAUUUCUUUGAAAGGUGCUUCAAAAUCUGAGGAAGUAAAGAUCAAAGUCCUUCAACUGGCACUAGAGUUAUUUGAAGAAGUACCACUUCCAGAAGAAUAUCGUUUUGUUUUGAAUGUGAUCCUUUCGGUUGCAUCAGACAUGGAAACAAAUGCCAUCAAGACCUUCACUCGGAGCCUUCUCAAGGCUGCUAAAGUACACAUUACAAGGAUACAAUAUCAGGAAAUCAGGGAAGUGAUUUCAUUGAUUGAUCAGUCCCGUAGUAUCCGACGUAAGAGGGAGGUUUUUGAAUCUUACCUAAAGCUCCUGCAAGAAAUCAAACAUGAUGACAUCAUUGGCGUAGUCAAUACUUGCAGCAGAUUCCUUCAAUUGCCAGUUGCAGUCGAUACAGACAACAUAAAACGGUUUUUUGCCGUUGCAACUACGGAGGGAAGAUUGAAAAAUUGUCAGUUUAUUCUGCAAUGCUUUCAGUUCAAUCAAAAAAUCCUAACUGAAGACAGCCGCGUUCACAAACAUAUGAUCGUCCUGUUGAGCAUCAUAGAAAAAACGCUCUGCAGGGAAAAUUCCGAGUUGUUCUUUGAAUCAGUUUACAGAUAUAUGCAUAGUCCGAUGCUUUCCUUUCCAAACAUUGAUAUUUUUGAAAUCAUACUUGCGUCUAUAGCAGGAUGCAUCGCUGUGAAUAUAUUUAACAGUCAUCGUUUUAAAGUGGUCCUAAGAGUUGUUCAAGCUGCAGUCCAUACACGUGAAAAGGAUCCACCGAACGCUCCUGAUGUUCUUUCACUGCUCAUCGUUGUGGCUCAAACCAUUGACCACGCCCAACGCUUUGGGAAAAAGGCAGGCUUCGACGGCUGUUUUGCCGAAGGGCUUUGCCAGAUUGCAAAACUUCCUCUAUCUUUGCCAAAGAUCACCCGAUUGAUGGAAAAAGUAACCUUAAUCAUCGAAAAGGAAAAGAUCACCAACGAGCAAAAAUUGUUCAACGUCAUGUUUCAUUUAUUUCAGUUGCCUAAUAAUCAAUCAGCGUCAUCUUUGGAGUCUGAUGUUCUUGAUCUACAUUUUGAAGAGGUAGUAAAGCCAGAAAUUGUCAGAAACGUUGCUGAAAUACCCUUGAUGCAAAAACAAUACUCUAACGGGAUUGUAUCUUUGUUUUCAUUAAUGGAAGUUCUUGUAGAGAGAAUGCCCGAGACUUUUGCCAAAAGGACUUCGGCUAGUUUGUACCAAUUUAUCAUCGAGCGAGUAGAGAGAAACCCUCAACUUUCUUGUUCUAUUUUUCCCGUUGUUGAAACUAUAACAAAGAGACGUGUAUCUGAAGCAAAGCUCAAGAACGAAAUAGAAGAGAUAGAAGAAUUGCUGCUCCGUGUCCCUCACGGUUUCAUUCCUUUAAUUGGCGAGUGUUUGAGAGAAUGUUACGUAGUUGGUCUAAGCGACGAGAAGCAGAGAAAUAUAAAGUGUCUUAUCGUCCAUAUUGUUGAAUGCCUUCGACAGUCGCAUUUGAACGUUGAAGACGGAUGUAGAAUGGUAGGCAAUAUUCUGGGCAUUCCAAAACAGUUAGUUCUAACAUUCAAAGAAGCUACAACAUCUGAAGAAAUGAGGAAAGGUAUGACGAAAAUAUUAGAUGUGGUAAAAACUUUGGCCCCUGAGUUUAUCGCUGGAAGUUUCCUGCCGUUCUUUUUUGCACAAGACUUGAAUGCCCAGUUGAAGGAUAUUAUUCAACAUGACUUCUACAUGCUUCUGAAGCAUACGUCACUUGCAGCGGUAGAUCUUUCCACUGCUUUGCUUGUAUACCAGAGUCUCAAACACGAAGGCCUGCUAAAUGUCUUCAAUCUAUCAAGAAAUCCAGAUUUUAAAACUUUUUUUGAGCAAUGGUCCAGUGGCACCAAUCAACCUGAAAUUCCCGUUCCAGGAAAUUUGGCUAAUUUGGUGAUGCAGCAUUUGAGAAGACUAAAGGUGGCAGAUAUCCAGAGCACAACAAUAGAGAUUUGCUGUACGAUUUUGAGUAAACACUCCUUUGGUUACUUUGGUCAAAUGCCUAUGAUGGGCGUUUUAGAUUCACCUUCGCCAAAAGAGUACUUCGACUUGAUCAUCAGCGUCAUGAAGGAAUCUUCCCAUUUAGCCGAGAUACAACACUGGCUGGCAAUGGAUUCUCUCUUUGCAGUACAAUGCAAAGAUGUUAUCAAAGCUACAUGUUUUUGGAAAGCAGGAAGAAAGAGUUGUGAGGCAGCAGUGUAUAUGAACACUGAGGUCUCUAAGACGCUUUCAAUUCUUUGCACAAAAGGGUUUCCCAAUGCAUUCCCAUUUAGCGGGGGGCACUUGUCAAAGGAAUUAGCAGUUAUGGCACUUGUGAUAAACACCUACGAGGAUGAGGAUAUUGCUGUUAAACUAUUUGAGUUGCUGUGUGCCAGCACAGAGUGCGCCGAAGCCUGUGCGGAUGUGGUACUCUCGUGGAGCAAGGAAGAAAGCCUGCUGCUUAUUAACAAAAUUACUGAUUGGUUCAAAGAAAGGAGUAAAAUGGAGGCCAAUUUGGAACAGUUGAACAACGAAAUUAGAAUUCCAUUGCAAGUUCUAUCAUUUGCUGCCAAAGCAUUUCCAAAUUCUGCAGAAGACGUUUUCAACUUCUUAUCAGUGACAACUGAGAAUAACGGGCCUGAAGACCACACCAGUUUUGGACGACUUCCAGUAUGGUACAAGCAGAUGACAGACGCUGGAUAUGAUCCACAAGCAAUACAGUCGUGGUGUACCAGUUUUGUUCUCGCACAGGAUUUGUGUUCAAGUGACAUAGAUUCUCUUACGAACCUAACUCCAGAAAUGAUAAAUCUCCUCGCAGCUCAACCAGAAUCAAAUCAAAUAACACAGUGCCUGUUUUCCUCGCAAGCGACUCAGCAUUUACAGACCGACAAGGAUGCUUUCAAACGUCGCUUACUCCUUGCAAGACUGCUUAAUGAAUUUGCGUGCAUCGCAGGACAACUGAAAGAGAACUUGCAAGUCGCUCGGAGAAUCCAAGAAGGCGUAGGAAACUUAUGCUCGACAUUUCUCGAUGAUGCCAACGCGACGAGUAACUUGUACAAAAUUCGGUACAACAUCCUUGAAGAUCUUUUUGUUCUUCUCUUUAAAGGGGAGAGUGGGGAACAUGCGGAGUCCCUGAGACAGCUAAGAAUUGAAAGGUCGUUGUCAAAAAGCCUCGUUAUUCUGUUCCGCCGAUUAGCAAGAAGUGUCGUUUCAAGACCUAUUACCUUUGGUCUUAUAAAGAGGGUUGUGACAACAAUGCUGCGUCACGAAGUCAAAGACCCUAAUCGCCUGUACCAAGAAAAUAAUAACGCUAUCCAUUUGAGUGUACUAAACUUCGAGUCCAACCAAGACGCCAUCCAUACGCUGCAAUGUGCAGGAUACAACCAAAGUGCAUCAAUGAAAAAGGAUUUGUGGUAUUCAUCAUCCAUUGAGAUGUCUGCGUUUGUACCAACUGUCAAGUCAUUUGAGUCAUCUAGAAAGGAGAGUUUGUUAAGACAGUUGUGGAGAGAAUGGAAGACUAUCCUAAAGGUCUAUGAAAUUUCCGAGGUCGAAGUCAAUGGGCAAAAGGUUAAGCAAGCCGAACUUUUUAAAAUGUCUGACUCUCUAGAAACAAUGGAAACUCAGUUGCAAUCUGUUCAAAAAGCUAUCAAAUCAAAGCCUUUAAUGCAGAAUAACUGGAGUUAUUACAGACAAAAGCAGCUGUUACGAGGCGAGAAAAGGCUAAGAGAAAAAGUCGUGGCGCAAGUUAAGGAGGUAACGAAGAUGAUUGGGACACAGUUGACAAAAAUGGUAUUGGUUUGGGAAAACCAACUUCUGGACGCAGUCAAGAUGUGCUCCGAAAAGAUACCAGACUGCUAUGCUCCAAAUGGGUUUCAUUCCGAGAAGCCCGUCAUUUGUGGUAUUGCUGUGGAUAACAGAAUCCUAACUCUGUACAAGGAAGACCACGGUGGUACCCGUACUGAACUAGAAAACAUUGAAAUAAAGCUCUAUCCAGCUGGAAUGGUGGUGUUUGGUGCGUACCGCAGCAUUCAUCCGUACGACACAGAGCAGAUGUGGGCAGCAUUUUACAAGAUGCUUCUGGAUAAGCGCUUGGUGCCCAAGAUAUUUGUAACCAAUAUCAGUCCUGCAUUUGAUUGGAUAAAGCAGUUUGUUGCACCAGAAGUGUCUUCACCUCGUGGUAUCAACUUCAUUAGCUGCUGUAAUCUAAUACCUUCCUCAGAGGAUAGCUUUGAUUACGAUCCCGAAACGGAACUCUUGGCACACCACGCUGUAUUGGCUAGCUCUCAGACAAAAGAAUUAAUCAUAUUGACACCAGAAAAGACUGCAGAAUUGAAAAUUGACAGCAUUAGGGCCCCCUUUGCAAAUAGGAAGAUACUAAAGAAGCAUGUAGAUGAAGUUAUCCUUCACUUGAAAGAACAUGGUCAACUUAAAGAGAUGCAUGCAGAGUCACGUGAAUGCGACCAGAUACUUAAGAGACUCAGGACUCCCAUUACAAAAGCGGUUGAGAUUUCCGUCGAUGGAGGUGAACCUACACAGGAAUCGAUAUCAAAAAGCAUUGACAUGAAAAGGCUUCUACCUAAUCGCAGCCAAGAUACCUGUCAGUACAGCAAGGAUGAUUACUCUUCUGUCAUCUUGGAUGCUGUGAACACAGUUACUGGGGAUUUACAAGGUAGCAGGACGUCUUACGAUGGAUGUCAACAUGUUGUAUUUUUACAGCCAAUUCAGUAACAAUGAGAAAAGAACAAAGCGACACAAUCUAGAACAGAACGACACAAAUUCUCUCUGUAUGGUCAAUGAACGUUCCCAUAUUGCUGGGUUUCACUUGACAUCAUUUCCUGUCUCGUGCGGAAUGUUCAUCAGCUGAAUCACAAGUUUUAAAUAGAAUUCUUUCUGGUUGACA